GCGCUGCAGAGAGCUAGGAAGUGAGAGGCUCAGAUGGAGCAUACACCAGGCAGGCAGGCUGCUGUCGCUCCCCUAUGAACACACGCUGACCAGCUGAAGUUUGUGCCAGAGGACCAGGGACUCUCACCUACACCGCUGAAAAUGGACACCACCGGGGCUAAAGUGCUGGAAACAGCUGAUGACAUCCAGGAGCGCAGGCAGCAGGUGCUGGACCGCUACCGACGCUUUAAGGAGCUGUCGAUGAUGCGUCGGCAGAAGCUGGAAGAUUCAUACCGUUUUCAGUUCUUCCGCCGUGACGCAGAGGAGCUAGAGAAAUGGAUCCAGGAGAAGCUUCAGAUUGCCUCCGAUGACAACUAUAAGGACCCCUCCAACCUUCAGGGCAAGCUUCAGAAGCACCAGGCCUUUGAAGCUGAAGUGCAAGCCAAUGCUGGAGCCAUCAUCAAGCUGGACGAAACUGGAAACCUCAUGAUUAGUGAGGGUCAUUUCGCCUCUGAGACCAUCCGUACUCGUCUGGAGGAGCUACAUCGUCUGUGGGAGCUGUUGCUGCAGAAAACCAAGGAAAAGGGCAUGCGGCUGCUGCAGGCCCAGAAACUGGUGCAGUACCUGCGGGAGUGUGAGGAUGCCCUUGACUGGAUCAGUGACAAGGAAGCUAUGGCUACAUCAGAAGAGCUGGGUCAGGACUUGGAGCAUGUAGAACUACUCCAGAAGAAGUUUGAGGAAUUCCAGACAGAUCUUGCUGCCCAUGAGGAACGUGUCAAUGAGGUCAAUCAACUGGCAGCCAAGCUAACGCAGGAGGCCCACCCUGAGGCUGAACUGAUCAUCCGCAAGCAAGAUGAAGUCAACAGCGCCUGGCAGCGCCUCAAAAGCUUGGCUCAGCAGAGGCAGGGCAAACUUUUUGGAGCUGCUGAGGUGCAACGUUUUAACAGGGAUGUGGAUGAGACCAUCAGCUGGAUUAAGGAAAAGGAGCAACUGAUGGCCUCUGAUGAUUUUGGCCGUGACCUGGCCAGUGUGCAGGCCCUGCUGCGUAAGCAUGAGGGCCUGGAGAGAGACCUGGCUGCUCUGGAAGACAAGGUAAACACACUGGGCAGUGUAGCAGAGCACCUGCAGCAGACACACCCCCAGAAUGCUUCCCAGAUCCACCUGAAGAAGGAUGAGCUCAUUACCAACUGGGAACAGAUCCGCACAUUAGCAGCUGAGCGCCAUGCCCACUUGAAUGACUCUUACCGGCUCCAGCGUUUUACUGCUGACUUCAGGGACCUUACAAGCUGGGUGACAGAGAUGAAGGCCCUGAUCAAUGCUGAUGAGCUGGCCAAUGAUGUAGCUGGAGCUGAGGCCCUGCUGGAUCGCCACCAGGAGCACAAGGGAGAGAUUGAUGCCCAUGAAGACAGCUUCAGAGCCACUGAUGAAGCUGGCCAGGCCCUGCUUAACACAGGCCACUAUGCCUCUGAGGAAGUGAAGGAUAAGCUGGGCAUCCUCUCCAAAGAGAAGGAGUCUCUGUUGGAGCUAUGGGAGGUGCGUAGGCAACAAUACGAGCAGUGCAUGGAUCUACAACUCUUCUACAGAGACACAGAACAGGUGGACAACUGGAUGAGCAAACAAGAGGCCUUUCUCCUGAAUGAAGACCUUGGGGACUCAUUGGACAGUGUGGAGGCUCUGCUGAAAAAACAUGAGGACUUUGAGAAAUCACUCAGUGCACAGGAAGAGAAGAUCACCGCUCUGGAUGAGUUUGCUACCAAGCUAAUCCAGAACAACCACUAUGCCAAAGAGGAUGUUGCUACCCGCAGAGAUGCUCUCCUAAACCGUCGCAAUGCCUUACACGAACGUGCUCAGUCCCGUCGUGCUGCACUGGAGGACUCCUUCCGCUUGCAGCAGUUUUUCAGAGACUCUGAUGAGCUCAAAAGCUGGAUCAACGAAAAAAUGAAAACUGCGAAUGAUGAAGCUUACAAGGACCCUUCUAAUCUGCAGGGUAAGGUGCAGAAACACCAGGCCUUUGAAGCAGAGUUGUCAGCCAACCAAAGCCGUAUAGAUGCCCUGCAAAAGUCUGGCCAGGAGCUGCUGGAUGGCAAGCAUUAUGCAUCAGCUGAAGUGACUUGUCGCAUGGAGGAAGUUGGCUCCCAGUGGAAGAAACUAUUGGAGGCUACAGAACUCAAAGGAAUCAAGCUGCGUGAGGCCAACCAGCAGCAGCAGUUCAACCGAAACGUGGAGGACAUUGAGCUCUGGCUGUAUGAGGUUGAGGGCCACCUGGCUUCAGAUGACUAUGGAAAAGACUUAACCAGUGUCCAGAACCUGCAGAAAAAACAUGCCCUGUUGGAGGCUGAUGUAGCCGCCCACCAGGACCGAAUUGAUGGGAUCACAAUUCAGGCUCGGCAGUUCCAAGAGGCUGGCCAUUUUGAUGCUGACAACAUCCGUAAGAAACAGGAGGCCCUGGUAGUGCGAUACGAGGCUCUGCGUGAGCCCAUGGCUGCCCGCAAACAGAAGCUUUCUGAUUCACUGCGGCUCCAGCAGCUCUUCAGAGAUGUGGAGGAUGAGGAGACCUGGAUCAGAGAGAAAGAACCAAUUGCUGCCUCCACCAACAGAGGCAAAGACCUUAUUGGUGUUCAGAACCUUUUGAAAAAGCACCAGGCCCUGCAGGCCGAGAUCUCGGGUCAUGAGCCCCGGAUCAAAGCAGUCACCCAGAAAGGAGAGGUGAUGGUGGAUGAAGGUCAUUUUGCUGGUGAGGAGGUGAAGGCCAAGCUGGGUGAGCUUACCGGGCGCUGGGAGACUCUGAAAGGCAAAGCCUCUCAGAGGAGACAGGAUCUGGAAGAUUCUCUGCAGGCUCAGCAAUACUUUGCUGAUGCAAAUGAAGCUGAGUCAUGGAUGAGAGAGAAGGAACCCAUUGUUGGGAGCACCGACUAUGGCAAAGACGAGGACUCUGCUGAGGCUCUGCUGAAGAAGCAUGAGGCCCUGAUGUCUGACCUGAGCGCCUAUGGCAGCAGUAUCCAGGCCCUGAAGGAACAGGCCCAGUCCUGCCGACAACAAGUUGCUCCCACUGAUGAUGAGACAGGCAAAGAGCUGGUCCUGGCCCUGUAUGACUACCAGGAGAAGAGCCCCCGUGAGGUCACCAUGAAGAAAGGGGACUACCUCACCCUACUUAACAGCACCAACAAGGACUGGUGGAAAGUGGAGGUCAAUGAUCGUCAGGGCUUUGUCCCCGCUGCCUACGUGAAGAAGCUGGACUCCACCCAGUCAUCUUCCAGGGAGAACCUUCUUGAUGAGCAAGGCAGCAUUGCACUGCGCCAAGAUCAGAUUGAGAAUCAGUAUGGUACUCUGUUGGAAGUGGGUGAGAAACGCAAGGACAUGCUGGAGAAGAGCUGCAAGAAGUUCAUGUUGUUCCGUGAGGCCAAUGAGCUGCAGCAGUGGAUCAAUGAGAAGGAGGGCGCCCUCACCAGUGAGGAGGUGGGCUCUGACCUGGAGCAGGUGGAGGUGCUCCAGAAGAAGUUUGAUGACUUCCAGAAGGAUCUGAAGGCCAAUGAGUCUCGUCUGAGGGACAUCAAUAAGGUAGCAUCUGAACUGGAGUCUGAAGGUCUCAUGGCUGAGGAGGCUCCCAUGCUUCAGGCCCAGGAUGAAGCUGAUUCAAAGAAUGCAUCUCCAUGGAAGAAUAUACGCUUGAUUGUUCAAACAACGGCUAACUUUAAUACUAUCAAGGAGCUGAACAAUCGCUGGCGCUCCCUGCAACAGUUGGCCGAAGAAAGAAGCAAUAUGCUGGGGAGUGCCCAUGAGGUGCAGAGAUUCCACAGAGAUGCUGAUGAGACUAAAGAAUGGAUUGAGGAGAAGAACCAAGCUCUGAACACUGACAACUAUGGCCAUGACCUGGCUAGUGUGCAAGCUUUACAGCGCAAGCAUGAGGGUUUUGAAAGAGACCUGGCAGCCCUGGGCGAUAAGGUUAACUCUCUUGGUGAGACAGCAGAACGUCUGAUUCAGUCUCAUCCGGAAGCAGUGGAUGAUAUUCAGGAGAAGUGCACUGAGCUAAAUACUGCCUGGAGCAGCCUGGUGGGACGUGCUGACCAGCGCAAAGACAAGCUUGGCAACUCCCAUGACUUGCAACAUUUCCUGUCCGACUUCAGAGACCUAAUCUCUUGGAUCCAUGGCAUCCGUGGGCUGGUGUCAUCAGAGGAGCUGGCUAAAGAUGUGACAGGAGCUGAGGCCCUUCUGGAGAGACACCAGGAACACCGUACAGAGAUUGAUGCCCGUGCAGGUACAUUCCAGGCCUUUGAGCAGUUUGGUCAGCAGCUACUAGCCCGUGGUCACUAUGCUAACCCGGAGAUUCAACAAAAAUUGGAGGCCCUAGAUCAUGAACGUGCUGACCUCGAGAAGGCCUGGGUGCAGCGCCGCAUGAUGUUGGACCAAUGCCUGGAGCUCCAGCUUUUUAACAGAGACUGUGAGCAGGCUGAGAACUGGAUGGCAGCUCGUGAGGCCUUCCUUGCCAGUGAUGAUAAGGGUGAUUCUCUGGACAGUGUGGAAGCUCUCAUCAAGAAACAUGAAGAUUUUGACAAGGCUAUCAAUGUGCAGGAGGAGAAGAUUGCUGCGUUGCAGUCUUUUGCUGACCAGUUGAUUGGUGCUGACCAUUAUGCUAAGCCUGAGAUCUUUGACCGCCGUAAAGAAGUCCUGGACAGGUGGCGCCGUCUGAAGGCCCAGAUGAUUGAGAAGCGUUCCAAGCUGGGUGAGUCUCAGACUCUACAGCAGUUCAGUCGAGACGUGGAUGAAAUUGAAGCUUGGAUCAGUGAGAAGCUGCAGACUGCCACUGAUGAAUCCUACAAGGACCCGACCAACAUCCAGCUGUCCAAGCUGCUGAGCAAACACCAGAAGCACCAGGCUUUUGAGGCAGAACUUCAGGCCAAUGCAGACCGAAUCCGUGGUGUCAUCGACACGGGUAACACGCUCAUCCAGAGGGGUGCCUGUGCUGGAAGCGAGGAUGCUGUCAGGGCACGCCUUAACGCUCUGGAUGAACAGUGGCAGUUCUUGGUCAACAAAUCAGCAGAGAAGAGCCAGAAACUCAAGGAGGCCAACAAGCAGCAGAAUUUCAAUACAGGCAUCAAGGACUUUGACUUCUGGUUAUCUGAGGUGGAAGCUCUCCUAGCCUCAGAGGAUUAUGGAAAAGACCUGGCCUCAGUUAACAACCUGUUGAAGAAACACCAGCUGCUUGAAGCUGAUAUCUCUGCCCAUGAGGAUCGUUUGAAGGACCUGAAUGGCCAGGCUGACAGCCUGAUGACCAGCAGUGCCUUCGACACCUCGCAGGUCAAGGAUAAGCGUGACGCUGUCAAUGGCCGCUUCGCCAAAAUUAAGAGCAUGGCAGCAGGCCGCCGUGCUAAGCUCAAUGAGUCUCAUCGCCUGCACCAGUUCUUCAGGGACCUGGAUGAUGAAGAGUCUUGGAUCAAAGAAAAGAAGUUGCUCGUGAGUUCGGAAGACUAUGGACGUGAUUUGACAGGUGUGCAGAAUCUGAGGAAGAAACACAAGAGAUUGGAAGCUGAGUUGGGGGCCCAUGAGCCAGCAAUUCAAUCGGUGCUGGAAACAGGGAAGAAGCUUUCUGAUGACAACACCAUUGGCCAGGAAGAAAUUCAGCAGAGGCUUGCCCAGUUUGUUGACCACUGGAAGGAACUCAAAGACUUGUCUGGAGCAAGGGGACAAAGGCUGGAGGAGUCCCUGGAGUAUCAGCAGUUUGUGGCUAAUGUGGAAGAGGAGGAAGCUUGGAUUAAUGAGAAGUUGAAUCUAGUGGGGAGCGAGGACUAUGGCGAUACGUUGGCUGCUGUGCAGGGUUUGUUGAAAAAACAUGAAGCUUUUGAGACUGACUUCACAGUGCACAGGGACAGAGUUAACGACGUAUGUGCGAAUGGAGAUGAGCUUAUCAAGAAGAACAACCACCAUGUGGACAACAUCAGUGCUAAGAUGACUGCCCUUCGGGGCAAGGUAUCUGAGUUGGAGCGGGCAGCAGCUCAGAGGAAAACCAAGCUUGAUGAAAAUUCCGCCUUCCUGCAGUUCAACUGGAAGGCUGAUGUGGUGGAAUCUUGGAUUGGGGAAAAAGAGAACAGCCUGAAGACUGAUGACUAUGGCAGAGACCUCUCCUCUGUGCAGACUCUUCUCACCAAGCAGGAGACAUUUGAUGCAGGUCUUCAAGCCUUCCAGCAAGAGGGCAUCGCCAACAUUACAGCGCUGAAGGACCAGUUAUUGGCUGCAAAGCAUGUACAAUCCAAAGCCAUUGAAGCACGCCAUGCAGCCCUGAUGAAGCGUUGGAACCAGCUGCUCUCCAACUCAGCUGCACGCAAGAAGAAGCUGUUGGAAGCCCAGGAGCAUUUCAGGAAGGUGGAGGACUUGUUCCUGACAUUUGCCAAGAAGGCCUCAGCUUUCAACAGCUGGUUUGAGAAUGCCGAGGAGGACUUAACAGACCCAGUCCGCUGCAACUCACUGGAGGAGAUCCGGGCUCUGCGCGAAGCCCAUGAGGCCUUCCGUUCCUCGCUCAGCUCUGCCCAGGCUGACUUCAACCAGCUGGCUGAGCUGGAUAGACAAAUAAAAAGCUACCAGGUGGUGUCUAACCCCUAUACCUGGUUCACCAUGGAGGCCCUGGAGGAAACAUGGAGGAACCUGCAGAAAAUCAUCAAGGAGCGUGAGCUCGAGUUGCAGAAGGAGCAGAGAAGGCAGGAGGAGAACGAUAAACUGCGCAAGGAGUUUGCGCAGCAUGCCAAUACCUUCCACCAGUGGCUGCAAGAGACUAGGACAUAUCUUCUGGAUGGAUCUUCCAUGAUGGAAGAAUCUGGAACAUUGGAGUCCCAACUUGAGGCCACCAAGCAUCGGCACCAGGAGAUCCGGGCCAUGCGUAGCCAGCUUAAAAAGAUUGAGGACUUGGGGGCAGCGAUGGAGGAAGCGCUCAUAUUGGACAACAAGUACACAGAACACAGUACAGUGGGCCUGGCCCAGCAGUGGGACCAGCUGGACCAGCUGGGCAUGAGGAUGCAGCACAACCUGGAGCAGCAGAUACAGGCUCGGAACACCACUGGAGUGACGGAGGAGGCCCUGAAGGAGUUCAGCAUGAUGUUCAAGCAUUUUGACAAGGAGAAAUCAGGCCGUCUGAACCACCAGGAGUUUAAGUCAUGUUUGCGCUCACUGGGCUAUGACCUGCCCAUGGUGGAGGAGGGCGAGCCUGACCCCGAGUUUGAGUCCAUUCUUGAUACCGUUGAUCCCAACAGGGACGGCAACGUGUCCUUGCAGGAAUACAUGGCCUUCAUGAUCAGCCGUGAGACAGAGAACGUCAAGUCGAGUGAGGAGAUUGAGAGCGCCUUCCGUGCCCUCAGCACUGAGAACAAGCCCUAUGUCACAAAAGAAGAACUCUACCAGAACCUGACGAAGGAGCAAGCAGACUACUGUAUCUCACACAUGAAGCCCUACUUAGACAGCAAGGGACGGGAGCUGCCGUCAGCUUUCGACUUCGUCGAAUUCACCCGCUCACUCUUUGUCAACUAACCCCUCCCUC